UAGACUUCCGGUUGUGGAAAAUCAAGAAAAGUAAAACUGUAAAUAAACAUUGAAAUUACAAAUUUAUAACAGAUAGAAAUUGUGAAGCAAAAUAAGACCUACAAAAUGAUGGUAAUUGUAGAUUCAUAGAACAUAACUUUGAAGCACAACUGACCAAUCCCAUGAAGCUGACAAAGAAUGACAAACAACUAACAAAUCAGUGAAGCUAACACAGAAUGACAAAUAACUGACAAAUCAGUGAAGCUGACACAGAAUGACAAAUAACUAAUAAAUCAGUGAACUGACACAGUAUGACUAACAACUGGCCAAUCAGUGAGCCUGACUCACUUGAAGAUCUGUGUGUGCAAGCAUGUGUUAACAAUGUGCAAACUUUAGCUGUGAAAACAGAUGAUCAACAAUAUGAGCUGAAACCAGGAGUUUGUUUACUGGUUCCCAGUCUAUGUGACAAGCUGUUCAAAAAUUUAUUAGAAUCUCAAUCAGAGAACACAUCCAGAGAUCUUUCAAACUUGUUUUCCAGCAAUGUACCAUAUCUGCCAUGGUUAAGGAUAUUUGCUGACACUGAAAACACCAGACUAUGCAAAGUAUACCUUAGAAAAAGUCUAUUACAUAAAAUGUAUCCAAGCAAUCUAAUAGAACUAGUACUGAAUCAUCCACUUAAACAACUGGAGUUGGUAAACUGCUCCUUUUCAUGUGAUAUAUUUAAUUUGAUCAGUUCUUCCAAGGCUGGACAUUCAUUACUGUCUCUGAGUAUAGAAGACAGUGUUGACAGUGCUCUGAAAUUACAUUUCAAAGCUCUAGACUUGCAACCUGGUGACACUAUACCCCAUAUCAAACUUGAAUGUCCACAUCUACAGAGGUUGGUUCUGCGUGAUAUGAGAGAACACGAUUUAGGUUUACUGCCAGGAUGUGAAAUUGUGCAUUUAUUCUCACAACUGACACAUUUGGAUCUCUCUAGAUGUAUCUUGUCAAGCACUGCUGUAAAAUCAAUGACACAAUGUCAAAAUCUAGUCUGGUUAAAUUUAAACUGUGUAGAAUACCAAUCACAUGCUGACUUUGUUACAAGUAUAUGCAGAAUUACUAAACUGAGGCAUUUAGAUAUAUCAUCUGAUGCUGGUAUCAUUCAGUGUAACUACCCAAACAGUUCUACAUUCAAUCCAGAAUUAAUACUUACAACCCUGGUAUCUCACCUACCCCAUCUGGUAUCCCUUGAUAUAUCAGCUACUAAUCUAGCAGGUAGAGAUACAGCACCAAGGUCAUUCAAACUAGAGGCCAAAGCAGCAGGGGACUUCAAGGAUUCAGAAAGAUGUUGCAUACCAGGACUGGAAGGACGCCAUUUUGAAUUUCUUGGCCUAUAUAACUGUCCUUUUGAGUCAUACAGAAGAGAAAAUAUUCCAGCUCAACAGAUUACAGGAAGUAAGAAUGAAGAACAGCUCCUCCUAGCUUUACGUAGAUAUGUAGACAGACGUGAUGAUUUGAAUGACGUAUUAAACCAUCUGUUUACCUUGUUUAAGGAAGAAACAGUAGUAAACCAAUCAGUAGCUUUAGAGGGAAUUCUAGCAGCAAUGAAAAGACAUAAAGAUGAUAAGCAUAUACAGAUAUCUGGGAGUGCCUCACUGUUUUAUAUAAUGAAAGGUGAACAGAAGUCCUACAUCACUCAGAAGCAGAAAAGAGUGUUAAUAAAUUGUUUACUAGAGGGAAUGGAAGAUCCAGAGGCUGAUAAUGUUAUGAUAAGAAAUUGUUGUUUGACUUUAUGCCACCUUACAAUGCCACAGGAUGUUUUGUAUUGUUACCGUAGAAUGAUUUCAACAUUACUAAAUUUAAACCAUGAAGAUGGACAAGAAGAGUUCAUUCAAAGAAUCACACUGUAUAUGAUCAACCACCUUGCUUGUCAAGUAGACGGGGAAGAGAAGAAAGUUGUUGGGGAUUUAGGUGCAAUUCAGAUAAUGUUGGAUACAAUUCUUAAUAGACUGAAUGACAAUAAUUGUGAUGAAAUCAUGGAAAUGGCAUGGAGUACAAUGUGGAAUGUCACAGAUGAAACUGCUGUAAAUUGUGACAGAUUUAUGGAACAUAAUGGAAUGUCUUUAUUCAUAGAAUGUUUAGAGACUUUCCCAGAAAAACCUGAAUUGCUUAGAAAUAUGAUGGGACUUAUGGGCAACAUUGCUGAAGUACCAUAUUUAAGACCAAAACUGAUGGAAAAAUCAUUUAUUGAGAUAUUUUGUGAGUUGUUAGACUCAGAGAAGGAUGGAAUAGAAGUCAGUUAUAAUUCUGCUGGUGUAUUUUCUCACAUGAUGGCAGAUGGUCCUGCUGCCUGGACAAUUCAGUCUCCUAGUCGAGAUCAUGUCACUGAAAAAGUCAUUUCUGCAAUACAGCGAUGGCCUCUAAAAAGUACAAGGAAUAUAAAUUACAGAUCCUUUACACCUAUUUUAAAAAUAGUAGAUGCUUACCAUGCUCUUGGUGCUCAGUACUGGGCUGUUUGGGCUCUAUGCAAUUUGACAACAGUUUAUCCCAAGAAAUAUUGUCCACUUUUAAAAAAAGAAGGUGGUGAAGAAAGAAUAACUUCAAUUCUUCAAAAUCCACAAACAAUUGUUAAGAUAAAGGAUCUGGCUAAUAAAAUAAUAAAAAACCUCAGCAUGGAUCCUGAUAAAGUUCAUGAAGCCAAUAGUAAUGCAGCUGAAGAUUCUGAAAGUAGUGACCUUGAAGAUUGAGUUCAGGAUUCUGAUAGUAGUUACCUUGAGGAUUGAGUUCAGGAUUCCGAAAGUAGUUACCUUGAUGAUUGAGUUCAGGAUUCCGAAGAAAUGACUUUGAGGAUCGAGGUCAGGAUUCUGAGCGGAUUGACUUUUAGGGCUUAGUUCUUUCAAAUUCUCAAAGUAGUGACCUUGAGGAUUAAGUUCAUGGUUCUCAUAGUAGUGAUCUUGAGGAUUUAGUUCAAGAUUGUUGAAGUAGUGAUCUUGAGAAUUCUCAAAGGAGUGACUUUGAGAAUUGACUUCAUUGAUCAUAUUUUCUGUUUAGCCCUUAAUAUACCUUAAUAUACAAUUAAGUUAAUAUUUUAUGUGAAGGAGUAGGCCCGCUAAGACCCCUUUUUGGCCACAAAAUAUAGCAUUUUCACAAAUUUGUUAAAAAUGUAAACUUCUAGCUAUUAUUGAAAAGUAGAAUACUUUUGUUACAUAAGUAUGGGCUGUUUUUGACAAUACCAUGCACACCCAUCAGAUACUAGCAUCAUUAGUUCAUGCAAAAUAACUGAAAUCUUCACAAUUUUAGCAUUUGUGCUAAUUUUUAGACAGGUUUUGUUCAAAUGGAAGUGGCCGAUUUUGUGUUCAGACUUAAUAUUUAUAUAUAUGUUAUAUUUGAUGAUAAUACAUAACAUAUAUAAAGGUUGAGACUGAACUGAAUGUGGCCACUUACAUUUUAGACAAAAACCAUUUCAAAAGUGACGUUUUAUGGCAUACUUGAUAGAUUUUUCAUAUUUAAGCUUGAAUUUUAGCGUUUUUAAUGACCAAAUCAGUUCAAAUCUUUUACAUAAACUAAUUUAAUCGACUGAAGUAGACACUUAAAGAGUUAAAAAAAUGACAAAACUCUUUCAUCAGAUGUACUUCAAAUUUUAGGCCAAAAUAAGCCGUUACUGGACCUUCUCCUUUCUAUUCAUUUGUUAAUUAGCCUCUCAUCAUCUUCAUAUCAUAAGUCUCAUAUUCAAAUGAUCAUUUUCUUUUAUGAACAGCACAUUCAUGUCUGUUUUUACUUUUAAUAUUGCUCGGAGCAUUUGUUGCAGUCAGGAUACUACUGUGUCAAAAUUAUCUCCCCAUUACGCUACCUAAGUGUUUCAGUUGCGAAAAUGGAAGCCAUUGUAGGAAUGACGCGCUGUCAUUUCAGCUCUUGAAAACCGAUAAAUUUAUCCAGAUAGCAUCAUUAUCAUUCUUACAUGACAGUUGUAUUUUAAAAAACAUGUAUAUUCUAGCUGUUAAGCCUCAUGUAAAGUUCCAUGAGAAUUUUUUGAAGAUAUGUAUUUUUAAGAUCCACUUGUAAAGUCUGUCAUCAAGGGGUUUUUGUUAUUUUGUAUUAAAAAUUUGUUAAUCAUACACACUUACUCUGUUGUUGUUACUCAUUAGAAAGGUAUUUCGCUUUUAUUUUUUGGUACUGUGAAUUUUUAAAGUUAUUAUGUCAAAAUGUAGCCUUAAUAUAUAAAAAUAAUAGAAUCUGAAGCCAGACGGUGUAUCAAAUAUUGUUGCUUUAUAUGUUUUCAAGACAAAACUCAAACACGCCUGAAUAUAAAUAGGGGUACCUGACUUUCUCUUUUCGAUGAGAUUAUUGCCUUUUUUUAGGAUUUUUUCCCAAAAAACUUUUGCCGGGGGCAGGGAUGCAAAUUAAUGUUUUUAAAAGAUCAAUAUUUUAUCUUUCUGUGGAAUUUUUUUCGGUGGAAUUUAUGCUUAUGUACAAAAAAGAUCCACAAGUAUUUGCACCUUCCAUAAUAGACUGUUUAGUGAAAAUUUGUCUUUUAUUUAAAAGUUUAGAAAUAUCUCGAAGCUCCAUACUAUGAAUUACAUGUAAGUAUAAACAUGUAUAUGAGAUGCAAAAAAAUCAUAAAUAAAGCACCUACAUUAAACUUUUAAAGCCCAUAGAAACAGAUGUAAACAAUUCAAAUAUACCAACUUGGCCAUAUUUACUUUCUCUAAUAAAGAGUUCCAUUUCUUUUGUUUAAUUUCAAGUGGAUAUCAGCCUGAUAGUGCUGUAAAUCUAUUGAAUAUUUGUGCUUUAUGAUUAUUUGUACUAUAAUUGAUUACUUUUUACACAUUGUGACUUGUAUGGAGAGUUAUCUCAUUGGCACUCAUACCACAUCUUCUUAUUUAUAUUUAUGUUAUCAGUCUGUGUCACAGACAAUUUGCAAAAAUAUUUUAUGUAAUUUGAGUGUAUUUUUGUAAUGGAAAAUCAUGCUUGAAAAGAAUUAGGUCUAGUUAUCUAGUGAAUACAAAAAUUUGCCCACAGCAUACUCUUGAAAAGAAAAUGUUCACUGUCAAAAUGAAAAUUGUAUGAUAUGUGUUUUAAUUCAAAAGGUUUUGUUGAUAAGAACAUUAACUAUCAACUAGAAACUCUUGUAGUUUAUGGUGUAUGAAAUGCUAAAAUUUAAAACAAAUUUUGUGCAGUGGUACUUUAUAUAUCAUCUCAAAACCCAAAAAUUCUGCAUUUUUUAAAUAAUUAAGGGACAGAACUCUUGGUGUUAGAUAGUUAAACUGUAAAAAUAGAUUUUGACCUGUAUUUUAUGAACCCUGAGAUUUUUUUAAAAUCUUAAAAGAUUUUGGUAGUGGCGCUUUAAUUAUCAUCCAGAAACCACCCAAAAAUCCCAAUUUUUCAGAUAACUGUUAGGGGUAUAACUGUUGAAUGGUAAAUGUUAGAAUGUUAAAAUUCAAGAAGACUUUUAUUUUAUGGUCCAUGACUUUUUGAUCAAGCUGAUCUUUAAAUAUUAUCCAGAAACCAGAAAUAUGACCAAAACCGCCAAAAUCGAACUUAACCUGUAUUUUAUGAUCUAUGAUAUUGAAUUAAAAUUUUGAAAGAUUCUGUCAAACUGUACUGUAACUGUCAUAUCAAAACCAAAAGUUUAACCAAUGAUUAAUCAGAUGGACAGACAUUUGCAUCAUUUUAUACCCAGCCAUGCCACUUCAAUUCAGGGGUUAUUAAACUGGCCAAAUAUGUCACAAAACAGUUUUUCUAGAGGUUAUUGAUGUGUAAACUGGGUUGCUUACUCACAAGUUUAGAUAAAAGUCCUUCACACUUUUAUUCAGUUUGUGAGUUAAUCAGCCCAGUCUACACAGCAAUAACCUCUAGAAAAAAUAUGUUUAAUCCUAUAGUAACAUCUAGAAAAAAUAUGUUUAAUCAUAUAAUUCUCAACCCAAACAUUUAUAAUUUUUUCUUUUCAUGUCAAUGUUCUUAGAAACCCAGGAUUCCAAACACUAUGUAUAGUGCAUGAAUAUAUCAGUGAAAUCAACAUAGUAUUUGGAUAGGUUACAAAAUUGGUUCAGUCAACCAAGAAAAAAUUUCACAUUCAAGUAUUUAUAGAUAUGCAAAUCAUAUAAGAAUGUUUGUUUACUUUAUUAUUAAGUUUACAGACUCCAGGAAUAUAUUGUUCCUAUCAGAAACAUUACAAUUUUGAUGUGAUUUGUAUACCAAAAUACAGGCCUGCUACAUAUAUGUUAUUUUAAUGCAAUUAUUUUGUAUCAAUGGUUGGAUGACAAUAAGCUUAAAAUUCUCUAUCUCCCUGUCAGUAACUAAGGAAGCCGACAUUUUGAAUUCCGGAAUGUAUUGACAUGUAAUUUCUCCAAUAAUAAGCAUAAAGACUCACAUUUUGUACAAAAAAAUCUUCUUUUUAUCAAGUUUAAUUAUAUUCUGAAGCGGACAAGAAGCCAGAAAAUGCCAGGUGUUUACGUUUGAUGCCGAAAGCAUACUUAUGACGUCACCUAGUUUAGGCGCCAAUGAAGAUAACAUCAUUUCACGGGAUUUUUGUUUAAUGAAAAUUUACACUAAAAUAAUGACUAAAAUUGAAUGAUUUGUUUAUUUUGCAUUAGAAUAGAGAUAACUGUAUUGUAUUUGAAGCUUUGCGGACGUCCAUCAGUAGUUUUACUGUCGCAAAUAACCUUUUACCUGUCUCCGCUACACGUCGCCAGGUAAACUAAAUUUGAGACAGUAAAACUACAGAUGGAUGUCCGCAAAGCUUCAAAUACAAUACAGUUAUCUCUAAAUUACCAUUGUCUUUUAUUCUUUACUUACCGAUAUUGAGCUGAAUUGUUCAUGUAGUUAUUUUUGGAUAAUUUACAAAUUAAAUUUGUGUGUGCGAUCA